CACUCAUGAACUCAACAUUGAUUUCAUAUUCUGAAUGCGUGACACAAAUGCUUUUCUUUGUUUUUUUCCUGUCGUCGGAUGUGUUCCUCCUCACGGUCAUGGCCUAUGACCGAUAUGUGGCCAUCUGCCACCCACUGCAUUAUGCGUCUAUGAUGAAGUGGGGAAGAUGCAUCCAACUGGCAGGUGGAUCAUGGAUGGCAGGUUUGCUUAAUGCUGCUGUGCAUACCGGCACCAUUUUUUCACUGCCCUUCUGUUCCAACGUCAUCAAUCAGUUCUUUUGUGAAAUCCCACACCUAAUGAAGAUCUCAUGCGCUGAUUCAUACCUCAAUGAAAUUUGGACACUCCUCUUCAGUUGUGCAGUAGGUAUUGGCUGCUUUGUGUUCAUCGUCUUGACCUAUGUGCAGAUCUUCAGCACAGUGUUGAGCAUGCAGUCCAUGGCAAACAGGCAAAAAGCCUUCUCCACUUGCAUUCCCCACCUCAUUGUUCUCUCUGUCUUAGUUGGCACCAUUCUUUUUACUUAUCUCAUGCCAGCCUCCAUCUCUUCAUACAAGCUAGACCAGAUGCUUGCUGUGAUAUAUUCUGUGGUUCCUCCAAUGAUGAACCCGGUAAUCUACAGCAUGAGGAAUAAGGAUGUCAAAGCUGCCCUGGUGAAGCUGUUUUACUGGAAGAUUUAAAGCAAGAACACAAUGCUUCCUUUUCACUGAUAACCCUGCU